AUGGACAAACAGAUGUGGAUAUGGAGGAACAGUGGGGGAUGGACAGGCAGAGGUGGAUAUGGAGGAACAGUAGGGGAUGGACAGACAGGUGGAUAUGAAAACAGAGGUGGAUAUGGAGGAACAGUAGGGGCUGGACAGACAGAGGUGGAUAUGGACAGACAGAAGUGGAUAUGGAGGAAAAGUAGGGGAUGGACAGACAGAGGUGGAUAUGGAAGAAUAGUAGGGGAUGGACAGACAGGUGGAUAUGAAAAGACAGGUGGAUAUGGAGGAACAGUAGGGGAUGGACAGACAGACUUGGAUAUGGACAGACAGAGGUGGAUAUGGAGGAACAGUAGGGGAUGGACAAACAGAUGUGGAUAUGGAGGAACAGUGGGGGAUGGACAGGCAGAGGUGGAUAUGGAGGAACAGUAG